AUGGAUGACAACGAUCUUUCCCUUCCCAGAGAAGAGCUAUCCAAGGCCGACAUGACAGCCCCUGCUUUGGGCAAAAAGGUGAGAACCACCUCCGUGGACUCGAGUUUCCCAGUCCUCCUCCCCGAAGAUCCGUGCUUGCGUAUGUCCCAGGAAGAAUUCGAGGCAGCUAUCCUCAAGACUCUUCCUAAUUUCAUAGGCAUCGAAAGUGAAAUGGGUGUUCUGGAUAUCUUGGACGACGAUAGUUCAUUUCCCAUGUUUUCCCACGAUAAAACCGGUGCAGAUCCCAAAACGAUCCAAAUGACACAGCCCUCAACAACGGGUAACACCUUCGUUGACGUCCUCAAUCGCGCAGCUGCGAACCCCACUGGUGAACAAGCCGAUGCUACUGAGAUGGCGAGGAGGAAUCGUAUGUUGACGGAAAAUAUGGGGAUGGCGUAUGCAUCGACGCAGUCACCUAUACUUGAACUGUUCAAUAAGGUUGAUCAUAAGGGCAAUUAUUAUGUAAAUAAUCAGCAGCCACUGGCUGAAACGCUCGAGGAAGCGUGGAAAGCUGACCCAUUGAUGACGUUGAAGGUUAUUUGGAUGGUGCGCAGCAUUCAUUUGGGGAAAGGGGACAAGGGGAUGUUUUACAGGCAGCUGGGUUGGUUGAAGGAGAAGCAUCCACGAACGCUUUUAAUGAAUUUAAAGUGGCUUCAUAGGGCUGUUAUCAAAAAAGAUGCAAAAAGGAGAGAGGGAGAUGACCAUGUUAUUUUUGAUAAAGUUAACAUGGGGGGAGUGGAGGGAGAAAGGACGCAGGUGGAAGUCGAUGAUUUCGAUGUUCUACAUGGUGUGUCGCACGGCUAUUGGAAGGAUUUACUAAAUAUACUUGUUCUAUCAUCACAGGAAAGGCUGGACAUGAGUGAUCCUGACGAGGUUCUGUUGAGGGAUUGUCGUGUUCGCAAGGAACAACAUGAUGGCAUGAGGCAGAGGCGAAAUAGGUCCAGGACGCAUCUACGGGGCGCAGUGAGGGGCAAAAUGAGGGGCGGGGCGAGGGGUCGAAAUCGAUUGGCUAGGGAACAACCUACUCCGGCGCAACGACAGGAACGAAAGAAGUGCGCUGUGGAGCUCGUGAAGCAACAGAAAGCAGCAUCCAAGGAGGAAAAGGCACGGCGUCAUGCACAUAUCCUUAAUCGUUUGGCAAGAGACCCUUUCCACCGCGCUCUCCACCUAACCGUCGCCCGUCUCUUCGCUGAUCAGCUGCGCAAGGACAAGCUGCUGCUUGAAUCCGGAAACAAGGAUAACAAAGAAUCACUCCGCGGACUCUCUUUAUGCGCAAAAUGGGCUCCUUCCCUCGAGCAUUUUCACGACAAGCACACCCUUAUCGCCACUACUAUCGCAGAGCUCCUCUUCCCCUCGUCUGCCUUGGAAGACUACUCCCAACUUACCGAUCCACGUUCUCGAGAUACCUAUCUCAAAUACGCUCGCGAACACUACCGUGCAAAAAUUUUGUCGCCUCUCCGCAAAGCCCUCUCUAUUGUCGAGCGGGACAUCUCUGCUCAAACCUUCUCAAACAUCCAAUAUUCCCAUGUCCCCUCUAUAGCUAUGAAUAAAUAUAGAGAGCUCUUCUCCACCAAAGAUUCCGACCGUUUCCAUGCCUACCUACAAGAUGUGGCACUGGGCAAAGUCACCAUUUCUGGAGCCAUACUAACCCCUGGUUCGCUAAUAAAACAAGUCUUGGGCCUUGUGAAUCACACUGGUCAGGACGCGGUUACAUAUGCCACCGUUUUAGAUCUGCAGUGGAAAACAAUGGUGCAGCGCAUAAAGGACUCUGGGACGCUUAGUAACUCCAUGGCAGUGUGUGAUGUUAGUGGCUCUAUGAAUGGUCCGGCUGAUCGUCUGGGGAUCUGUCCACUCGAUCAUGCUAUCGGUCUCAGUCUUCUUAUAGCUGAGGUGACGAAGCCGCCAUUUGGAGGGCGGAUUAUUACUUUCUCGCAGAAUCCACAGAUACAGGUUGUGGGCGGGGAAGCAGAUGGAAGGUCCUUGAAAGAUAAAGUGCAAUAUGUGCAGCGCGCUAAUUGGGGUUGGAAUACGGACUUUAUCGAGGUGUUCCGACAGGUAAUUUUGCCGUUGGCGGUGGAGAAUAAGGUCCCACCAGAAGAUAUGGUGAAAAGGGUCUUUGUGUUUAGCGAUAUGCAGUUUGAUCAGGCACAGGGAGAUGGGAUGCAUGGCUUUAUGACACCUGUUUUUGGGGUGCCGGGGUCAGGCCCUGAGGUUAAUAGGUGGCAGACACAUCACCAGUUUGUGGAGAUGGAGUUUCAAAAGCAUGGGUAUGAGGUGCCCGAGUUAGUGUAUUGGAAUCUCGCGGGGAGGGCUGGGGCGGUCCCUGUUACUCAUGACAUGAAGGGGACGGCACUAGUGAGUGGUCAGAGUCAGGCAUUGAUGAAGGCGUUCUUGGAUUGCGGGGUGUUUGAGGAAGAAGAGAUUGAGGCGAUGGAAGGGGACGGCCAGGGGGAUGAUUCGUUGGGAGAAAACCAGAAGAAAAAGACUAGAUUUGACCCGCUAAAGAUUGUUCGGAAAGCUGUUGGGCAUGCGGGUUUUGAUAUGUUGAGAGUUGUGGACUGA